UCGCCGCGCUACGAGUCGGGCAACCCCCGGAAAAUUCUCUCUCGCCGGGACAGCCCGGUGAUCGCGCGCGCGACGACGACGUCGAGAGAGCCGUCCAGCGGAUCCAGCGCGACUUCGGAUCACCGCUGGGGUGCCGGCGGCCCUCCGUCGCUCGCUCGCCCGGGCGCGUCGCGACGCGCGCGGAGCGACAGUGAUAAAACGUCCCGUAUAUCGAUGGCAAUCAUGGUCGCGUUUUCCCCCUGUCGCUUCCGGCGCGUCCUCUCGUGACCUCGGUCAAGGCGAUCGACGGCUGCCGUCUGUCUCGGGCGGACUGUUUCUCUCCCUCUCUCCCACGUCGACGUCGCGGAAGUGGUGUGUGGGCUUUGGGCGAGCGUCGACCGCGACGCGUCGCGCCGCGCGGACGUCGCCCCGCGCCAGCCGGCACGUGAUCGGUCGCCCCGGCAGAAUCGUCCUACACGCGUGUGCGCUCUCCGUGGACGGGAUUCUCCGCGGAUCGCGGAGUUCCGGUGGUUCAGCUUCCGGCGCGACCACACGAAGACGGAGGUUCGUCGAAGGAGACACGCGCGGGGAGUCCCUCUCCGUGCAACCGUGGCGUUUAGUCCGCUCGCGAUUACACCGUCGAUACGCCUGAUACGCGGUUGAUUUAGGCGCCAAGUCCGCCGCUGUCCGGUGGUCGCGGGCAAAUGCCCAAAUCGCAUGCUGUCUCGGUGUUAGGCGGGCGUGAGCGCGUGGAAUCGGAUGACCUCGCUUAGCGUUAAAACGCACGGGCGAUAACGUGCGCUCUAACGCCGUGCCGCGAACAAGCGCCCGCUUGUCGGGAUUUCCCGCUAUCGGGCUACUAUGAUCUCUGAGAAGAUCAAUCCGCAUCACACGCUUGGACCAUCCGUCUGCUGCUGCUGCGAAUGUAUCCGGGUCCUGCGAACUUUACGUCUUUAUGCGGAGUGUCUUUGCUGCGCCGAGAAGCGAGGGGAAACGAGCCGUUACACCAGAGAUCGUUACGCGUAAUAACAUCUUUUGACGUAUCGGACAAAUUGCACGCGAACCUGCUUCGUCACUCGGCGGGAAUCUCUCUCGAGAAAUUCGCGAGCACAUCGUGCACUCCCCUCUAGUCGCCGUCGUACGAAAUUUCUCACGAGCCUUUGUGAACGCGAGAGAGAGAGAGAGAGAGAGAGAGAGAGAGAGAGAGAGAGAAAGAGAGAAAGAGAGAGGGAGAGAGAAAGAAAGAAAGAGAGUGUGAGAGAGCAUAACCCAGCUUCGAUUUUCGCUUCGGCGCCGCGAAGUUCACGCGACGGGGCAAUGUACUCUCGCUCGCUCGCGUUCACAGAGUCCUUCGACAAGGGUUGAUCGCGGAAGGCCAAGGGCGGUGCGAACGGACUCGGGGGAAUUCACGAACCAUCGCUGUUGCCACCGCCGCGGAAAUGAGGGGGCGCGAUAUUCAGCUAAUUCGUCGUCGCCACGCGCGCCCGGAGAUUCGCGAAAAAUAUCGAGGACUAACCGUCCGUUCUCUUCCUCUCCCGCACCCCUCCAUCCAUCUACCCACAUCCAGCCUCCCUCUCAGCCUCCCUCGUUGCUUCCGUCGGACGCCACGCGUUUAUUUACCCGACGACGACGACCGGUCGUCAUCGUCGGCGGGAACGAUCGGAGUAUUUUCGUCUCCCGCGGUUAACUCGAGGAACGAGGGUGAAGAAGAGAGACAACGUGGCGUGAGAGGCCGGCGUUGAGAGAGCGAGGGCGAGGACAAUGGGGAUGAGGCGCGGGAGAGAGUCGAAGUCGCCGCGUUACGCUCGGCUAAUGCGUUUUAUCCGUAAAAUGCAUCUCGCGAAACGCGCGCCCCAUUGUUUCCGCAUUCGCGUCGAAUCGAUUCGACGUCGUCGGUCGAUUUCGCCGGAAGCUUCCUGCUCUUUUCUCUUUUUCUCUUUUCCUUUCUCUCACACACACAGACACUCGCAUACGAGCACACGGUCGUCUGCGGAUUCGGCAAUUCGCGCCAAGCUGUCGGAUUCAUGCGGCGCGUGUUCUCCGAUUGAUGCUUCAAUUGAAGCUUCUGAACGGUGUCGCAUGUUCGAAACGUCGUGGUCGGUGCGGGGGCGGCGAAAGGACGAGAGACAAAAACGGGCCGGGGGUGUACUCAGUUGAAAAUAGGGUGGAAACCGAUGCGGAAGCGCUUUACCUUCGGAGGCCGCUGCUCCUUUUUAUCCCUCGGGGGGUGAGAAAGAGAGUUACGCGUUUAAUCACUUAGCAUCGACAUCCCUCGAUCGCCGCGCGCGCGAAAACAAUUCCUCGUGGACGUUGGUGAGUCCGAAUCAUUCUCUCGUCUCUCGUCUCGUUAUUUACAAGCUCUUUUUAUUCCGUAAAUUAAUAACGCCCGUGGAAAACAUCGCCCACUUUGAUAUUAAGCUUGGCGCGAUACGCAGCCGUCUUUUUAAAGAUUAUCCGAAAGGUUAAAGAGAGCUUACGCGGACAGCCUAUUAAAAAAUCAGCGCGAUUUAAACGAUGCGGCUUGCGCUCCCGCGAGCGCAAAUAAUUGGACAAUUUAUACGCCGGGAAAAUUUAUAUUUUGCAACGGCAGAGGGAAAAAAGAGGAGGCGAGGCGAGACAAAUAGAGAAGGAGAGAGAGAGACGCCUCUCUCGCUUCUUGCGCGACGAGACAAUGAACAACCUUUUGAUAGAAGCGGCGUGGUUACUAAGAGCGUGGUAGCGCUGCAACUUGCAACCUGAUUAUUCAUGUAUUCGACUAGCAACUCCGACAACUCCGUUUUCGAUGCGCGCCCUACAUGUUGUCGAAUAUAUUACAUCGCUCGCAGAGGAGAUAAUGUGACGGAGAGCUCGCGCUUGCCUCUUCUUUUUGCUCGUAACAACCUUCGUUGCAUUACCGCCGCUGUUACAUCAUCGAAUGAAGCGUGCGAAAUUGAAUAUUUCAUUUUUUCUACAGGAAUUUUCCUUCGUGUCCCUCGUCUCUCCUUUCUUCUUCUCCCUCUCUCUUUCUCUCUGUAUCUUUCUCGCGCGACACAUGUUAAGAUAUCGUCGCAUUUGUUUUCCGUGCGACUUCAAAAGAGCCGUAGGCAGUACGCAGGCAAUGGAUAUCUCUUUCGCACCGUUGACACCCUCGGAGAUACGGGAGGAAACACUUCACGUUGCAUCGAGAGCCAAAGGGAGGUUUCCCAACCGUUACAGCCGGUUUCCCGUUCGAAACGGAUGCGGCGAGUGAACGGGAUUAUGCAAAGAAAUUCAGCUCGAUCGCGCGAUCUUCUCCCUCAAUAUUUUCGUAGCUUCGCUCCGCCACGUAAUAACAAGGGAUACUUUAAUGAACUUGGACGUCGGAGUUGCUUGCGGAGUGCAGUCGCGGAGAACUUGUCAGACGGCUUUUAAUAUGUCUCGGUACACACAUCGACCGGGGCUGUUUAAAUGAGUUUAUGAUCGAUUUAUCGCUUCGGGAACCUUCCUCGUCGGAAGCGCGCAUCCGCCGGAGUAUUCAUUUCCGGGGAAAUUUAAGCGCCGUGCAUACAUACGCGAGAGAGAGAGAGAGAGAGAGAGAGAGAGAGAGAGAGAGAGAAAGAGAGCUGGAGAGACACACAUCAUGGAUUUAAAUCCCGCGGCGCGCGCAAACGAAGUGGCGUCGUCUCGCGGCGAGUGCCGUACGCGUGCUUCUUCCUUUUCAUAAAUGCAUACAACCUUCGAUAAACGGUGAUAGACUUUGUAACGAGUUUACGCGAGUUCUCCCCAAAGUGGUUAUCACCGGAAUCGAUGGAGCAGCAGCAGCAGCAGCUUUUCUCCCACCUCCGCUUUUAAUUUGUUUCCCAAUUUCUCGUCUCGACGCGCGAGAGCACCCUUUACGAUGGCGACGACGUAUAAAUCCAUUUUUAUCAGGCGACACGUUCGAUCGAAAUAUCGCCGGCGUAUAUCCGGCGACGACGUUCGCCUAGGAAGCGCCGCGAAUAUUGUUUCGGCUUUCAGGGCCGUUUUUACGGGAAUAAGUGCGAGGGAUCGUCGUGCACGUGCUGCGCGCGAAGUCGACCGGGAUGGACGUGUACGCGCCAUUUUCUCCUCGCCGGGGUUGUUUGUAUUAAUAAAUGCGUCCCGGCCGCGACGGGCAACGACAUUUCCGUCGCGACAGGCGAUUUGCAAUUCCGCUUUCGAAUUAGCCGACUAAUUGCCACGGUUUCGGGAGCGGUGGGAACGAAUUUGAAGCUACCUCGGCACGCGCAACCCCGUGUAAAGAGAGCUUCACACAGCUUCACACUUUAUCGUGACUACGCGUUGCUUUAUCUUCUCGGUAACUCGGCGAAGGGUUAGGCUCGCCAACAUGACGAAAAGUGUCGGAAGAAGCUGAACCGGAAGCAAUUUCGAGGGCUUAUCUCGUCGUCGUCUGCGUUCCGAGUAGAAAACCGAGUGGAAGACCGGAGCUAGUUGGUUGCUGAGCACGACGCGCAGUCUAUUCUAUAUGUCAGUGGUUCCGCGACGUGACACGGAAGUUCCUCCGCUCGUGGAGAACGCGCAGGACGUUGAGACGCGCGCUUGCCGAUGAGAGAAGAACGUCGCCGAGUGAAGCCACGGAGGGCUCUUUGAGCGAAAAGUUUGCUCGACUCUCUCACGGCCGUGGCCAUCACCGACGAAAUGUGAGGAUCCCGUCGAGCGGGAUCUACGAUCGAUCCAGCAGGACUCGCCAAAACGGCGCGAGGAAGAGGGAACGCGCGCGCACUCGUGUCUCGGUUUCUUCGAUGCGGAGGGCGCGCCGUCAACAUGUUCGCGUGUCUGUGGAAUUUCUUCGACUGGCUCGACCAGCCGGUGACCAACUCGACGCCCGGGAUGGACAACAAGAAGGUUGUCCAGUCGCCCACGCCGCCCGUACCCCUCCAGGUACGUAGUAAGCACGAUGGCUCGGGAGUGGCGGCUUCUGUGUCGGGGGUGCGUAGACGGAGCGGCCCUCAAGGGCUGCGCUCGCCCGCCGCGAAAAGGCCCCUCUCCGCCCCCGUUGCACUGCAGGGCUGGUUGCAUAAACAGGGCUCGGAGGGUCUCAUGCUCUGGAAGAAACGCUGGUUCGUGCUCUCGGAGUACUGCCUCUUUUACUACAAGGGUCCGGAAGAGGAGAAACUGCUAGGUUCGAUAUUACUACCUUCGUACAGAGUUACCGUGUGCAAGCCCGAGGACAAAGUCAACAAGAAGUUCGCCUUCAAGGCCGAACACGCGAACAUGAGGACUUAUCACUUCGCGGCUGACAGUCGCGAGAGCAUGAAUCAGUGGGUGAACGCGUUGACUCUGGCGACUCUUCUGCAGGAUCCUAGCCCUGGCGCAGGCGAAGCCGCGGUGGUCAUAGAAAUAGCCGGGCAACAGGACGGCGAGCGGAGCGCCAGGCCCAGCGUUUCGUCGAUUUCAUCCAUCCUGAAUCAAAGCGCCGACGACAGUGACUCGGGUUUCCACGGCUUCCAAUCGCGCGACGACCCCAGCCACGCGUCCAACAACAAUUCCAGCCCGAACAGCGCGAACACUGCCUCCUUCCCGAACUUGAGCGGCAGCAACAGCAACGGCAAUUCCGCCAGCCACAAUCACACGAGCGAGUCGUCGCAUCCGACGAUGAACGGUUGGAUACAGCAGUCGCCGCAGCAGUACGGUCAGCCUGGCACCUCGCAGCCGUCAGCGCAGCAACAGCAACAGCAGCAUCACCAGCAGCAGUACGGCCACUUGCUGCCGUCGCAGCAACUCCAGCCGGGUCACUCGCACCAGCAUCAGGCGCUGCUGCACCAACACCUGCCGCAUCAGAACGCGCUACCGAGCACUCAUCCGCAAACGUCGCAUCCGCACAAGCACGUGGUCCAACAAGCGCCGCAGCCGCAGCAACAAUUGCAGCAACAGCAAUCGCAGCACGUCGUUGGCACGGCCGGCGUGCAGACGGUACAGCCCAUGUCUCGCAAGUUCGGCCAGCCCAUCUACGCGAACGCGCCGCCGAAGCCCAGGCGACUGACCGACGGUUCCAACGAGUACUCGACACCGUCGCCGGAUCCGGAUUACCGGAAGAGUCCUGUCUCGCCGGACGUCACGGUGACCAGCAAGAGCCCGAUGUCCGACUACGAGAGCGGUCGCAAUGCGAUCUACGGCGCGCGGAUCAAUCAGCCGUCGCAGCAGAGUCUGCGCACGGACAAGUCCGGCCUGAAUUACGGUUACGGUCAGGCGCAACAGACCGAGAGGAGGACCCCGGACACGUACGGUCGCAGCGCGAAACCCAGAAGCGGCAGAGGCAACGGCGACUACGAAGAGGUAUACGGCACCCCGCAGCUCUAUCAAAGGCCCGCGGGACCGGUGGGUUACUCGAAGGGCGCCUCGCCGGCGCCCAUCCCCAUCCCCCUGUACGCGCAGCAACAGCAGCAGCAGCAGCAGCAGCAGCAGCAGCAACUGCACUCGCCCGUCGCGCCACCGAACGUGUCGAUGGUGAGACAAUCCAGAGCUCAACCGCCGCCGCGGCCGCAUAGCGCGGACUUUCUCGAGUACGAGGCGGCGAGGAGACCCCAGCAACAACCCGCACAAUGCGAGAAGCCCCCGAAUCAGCAGAGACGUCCCCAGAGGCCUAAAUCUAGCUUAGACAUAGUGAAUCCUUCGGACACGACCAACGACGGUUACUUCUACUCCGAGGAAAGGUACGCGGCGCAGAUGCGGCAGUCCGCGGUCUAUCUGACCCCACAGCAUUACCAGCAGCAGAGAAAUCAGUCCCUGUCGCGCGUCACGAUGCAGCCAAAACUGCCAGGUAUACGCGACAAACCCGACGAAAGUAGAGUGUCCACAUUGCCGGACUCGUCCUGUCCUGCAUCGAGGCGCUCGCAACGGGAUCACGUUCAUCAGCAACACACGAUGCUUACUCAGUCGCUGACGCAGAGACAUUCCGAGAUGAUCGGCGCCGAUCCGAAGCUGCGGAGGUCUCUGCGCGAGAAGAGCUGCGAGGCGAACGGCCGCGAGACACUGACGCACGGCGAGGACAACACAGUGCCGCGAAGAGUGUUGCCGCGCGAGUACGACGGGUGGGGAAGAACAGGGGGCCACGGUGGCCAUGGCACUCACAUCUCUCAGACGUGUCACGCCGGUUACGCAGGUGGCGGCGGCGGCGGCAGGCGAUGGGGCGAGCAGCAGCAGUUCUGUAGAUCGGCAUCGGCGCGUCUACCGAGGACGCGGCAUCCCGCCGUCCUCGAUCCGGACGACGACGACUACGCGGAGAGGUCCUCCGAGCAGGACUCGCGGGAUGGCGAGCGCAAGAUUCAGCAGCGCGAAGAGUCGAUGAAGCGGCUGCUGGAGUGGAAGCAGCGCAUGCUGCAGUCUCCGUUAACGCGAAAACCGUCCGGCUCGGCUAACCGGGGCAGGGCGCAGAAUGAUCUUUCGAGUUACUACAAGCAACAGGCGCUGCUGGAUUUGGCAGCGCACGAAGCCGCCGUGGCGGAGGGUCGUCACUCUCGGAGGAGGGAGGACGGGCAUCGCUCGCACGUCAGGAGCAAGAGCUCGGACGGUCGGCGGAGCGCCGCCAACGUGCCACGCUACAACAGCUAUUCCAGCGAUGACGAAGAGCUGGGAGAUGUCCGGAGGAAGCGUACGCGCAGACCUUCGCAUGCAGGAAGGAGCCCCCGACACGCCGCCGACGAUCGGCCAUCGGCAACGUCGGCCGUCCAGGACGUCACGUUAUCCGGCCGCACGAGCGUUAAUCAGCCGCAAGGCCAGUCGCAGGCGCAGCUUAACGCUCGCUGCAAAGCGAACCCAGGAGGAGGCGCGCCUGCCGCGCUGUCCUCUCUGGGCGGCAUACCGCCAGACGCGGGUUACGACGAGGUCAGCUUCCCGCCGCCGCCGCCGCCGAUGAGAAACGACUACGCGUACGCGUCCGCACUGCCGGCGGACAAGCAGUCUAGAUCGCAACGGUCCGAGCCGGCGGAGACCGCCUUCGAGGAGUCCGCGAUCAGACACAAGAACACUCCGAGAAAACCGCUAGGGAUACUCAAAACAUCGACCGUCUACGGCUUCGAUCAGCAAUUUGACGUCAACAAAACGGAGAGCAGCGGUAGGUCGGACGGUUAUCGCGCGAACGAGUCCUGGCAUGUUCAGAAAAACGUGCAGUGGGACGCCAAGGACGAUAACGACGAGUGGGAUCCGGGCAUCGACGAGAGUAAAGUUAUCAAGGAGUUCUCGUAUCAAUAUAUCAAGCCGAAGGAAGCAGCAACGCCGUCGAAGCCGGACGAGAAAAGCGAGAGGCAGGAGACUUUGAAUCUGGUGCAGUGCAGAAUCCGCUCGUUCGAAAUGAGCAUAGACGGUGCCAGUCCAGUGAGAGAAGUGUUGUCUAUGCAGGAACCGUUGAAGAUGUCGCCGUUGCAAGCGACUGAGGCUCAUGUCUCCAAGCUGGAAUGCGCGAACAAGACUUCGGCCGUCAUACGCAGCUUUGCGCUGGGCGAUUCGAACGGGGGGGCUGAGAACAAAUACAAGAAUGUCGAGGAAGGACACACCAAGCAAGCCUCAACCGACAGUAACAAGUCGGUGAAAGAUCUCUUGGCAGACUUUGAGCGGAAGUCGCAGCAGGCCAACUGGCCCAAGUGCGAGAAGCGGCAAGAGCCGAGGCAUCGCGCGGAUCACUGCGAAAGCGAAGCGCUACGCUAUGAUAGCAGCAUGGAUCACCGACACAUCAGAGACAACGAGGAGUUCGCCGAGGACAAGGGGAACGAAAGGGACGAAGUCCCGCAAUGUUUCACCGCGGAUACCCUCUAUACAGGUGCCGCUAGUCCAAAAAGCCCCGAUGGAGCUCCGAAACAAAGUCAGUUGAUCGGUUCGAAGGACAGUCUGACCGAGCAAUGUGUACUGUCCGGCACUGACCUAGACAUCGUCUCAAGUUCUGCGAAUUGCAACAGAACGAGCGUCACUGAGUCCUUGCUGACGCACGGCGAUCAAUUCUCCGGCGACAGUGACCCCACCAGCUCGAUCUCGAAGCAAGACGACAUCAAUACCGAGGAUGACUAUCUUCCCAUGUCGCCCAGAAAAGCUAUACUGGAUCCGAACAGCGACGACCGACCGAAUCCGAAGAUAAGGGAGAGUCUGUUUGUCAAUCUGGAGCACGAGGAGAGCUCGUACGUGGAGAUGGCGCAAAACGGAAUGAAUCGCUCGCUGUUAGCGCCAAACGAAGACUGCGGGAAGCACGAUUCCGGCGAUUAUUCUACGCUGGACACGUCCCACUACGAGUUCGUGUGCGUGUCGGACAGUAAAAUGGAGCCGGUGUACAUGGAGGUGAGUCAGUUGUCUGAGAAAGAGGACGACGAGAACGGCGGCAAAUCGACGAGGAAGAGUAGCGCCAACGACGGCGCGCCGCAUCCCCGGGCCGAUCUGCCCGAUAUUUUGACGGCGCUAAAGUCCGACAGUUCCGACGCGGACGACGAAUCGUCGAAGGACUUGGAUUCGAUCGACGCGCCGCGGCAUCCGCGAUUCAGUCUGUCCGACACCUUCCGACCCGCCUCGUACUACCUAGGCGCCAGCCGCAACAUGAUUGCGGAACUGCACGACUCGUCGGACAGCGAGCUGGUGUCUCCGCCGCCAAUACCGACCUCUCCGCCGCCCUUGGACGAUCUGGACUCCUUAGAGAUGCAAGAGUCGCUGGAGAUCAAGAAGGUCUCGCCGCAAGUGGCCACGACAAAGGAUAGUGUCGCGCUGAAUCGGGACUCACCGAAGUCCUGGAACAAAGUCCCGGUGGGCCAGGUGGAAGCGCACAGACCGCCCUCGCGGUUCUCCGACGCGACCAUCAGUUCCACCUUCAGAGACAGCAGGAUGUCGUUGGAAAGUGCGUCGGGUAGCGACACGGUCGAGUUGAGGCACGAUGAAGAGGCACGGCACAGACAGUUGAAGAGAAGACCCGUCAGCGACGAUGUCUGCGGGGCUCUCGACAGUCUCGACGAGUAUGAGUCGUUAAGCAGUCGCUUCGACGGCGCGAGCAUCGACCUCGAUCAGUACCUGGAGGAACUGCAGGCUCGAGACGCCUUCAAUGUGGAUCUCUACGCGAAGGAUCUCAGUUACAACAGCAUUUACGGAUUCAACGAGAACAUGCUGGUGGUGGACAAGCUGCAAAAGACGACGUGCCAGGAUCUGUCGAGGAAGAUGAAGCUAGUGUCGAGCAAUCUCGACCGACCUUUCGAUUAUUCUUGCAAGAAUAAGACUGGCUCCGCGAGCAGCUUACCGUCCAUGAGAGUGUCCGAUCUGCCGCCGUCCCAUCAGCACUCGCAAUCUUUCACCGGCGACGCGCAUUACGAGAACGUCAUGAGCUUCUCGCCACUUCGUGGCUCACCGGCGGUUCGAUCUGAUAGCGAGCCACCGCGAGACAACGUCCACCGAAUGCAGAGCGCGUCGCAGAGCGGCGGUGCACUGCCAAUCUCUCAUAGCAGGGACUCUAGUUACUCGCUCGCGUCUGGUGCAGCGUCUAUCUCAACCUCCAUGGCUUGCCAGAGACCUGCCAGCGCACUGUCCUCCAUGCACUCGCCCGUCAGCUCCAUGUCGUCGGUGAAUCACGCCACCGGUGGUGUCGCGCUCGCAACUAUGCAGCUGCAGCAGAGUAACACUACGAGCGUGUAUGCCGAGCAGCAGCAGCAGCAGCAGCGCUUUCCAAAUCACUCACGGUCCGCCAGCCACGAGUGCGUGCGACACACGCUGAUGCCGCCGAACCAUCGCUCCACGUCCAGUCAGGACUCGAGCCACUAUCCGAGUCCGUUGCCGGCAGCGCAGAGUGCUGUUAUUAAGCCCGUUUUGCAGUCAUAUUUACCGAACGCCGGCGAGCAACGUGUAUCGGCGAGCGGCGAUCAAUCCGGUGCACCUUAUUACUAUUCCGAUCUCCAGGCCAGUGUCAAUAAUGUAGACACCGAGCUGACCAAACCGACAAUCGGUCAUACCUCGAGAUUACCCCAGUUGAAUAAUCAGAGAGAUGACGCGAGCGGUCUGAACAAGAGAAACGAUAUCGGCCGUAUAGUGAAUCCGAUCGCGCGGCAAAUGCCGCGGCAGAUUCAAGUCGACGACAUCGACGAGGCGAGACGCAUCGCUGCCGAGCUGAGACGCACCACCUGCCAGUUACUGAGCGAUAACAAAGCCGCUCUCGUGGACAAGAGGAACUUCUACGAGGCGGACACGCUACGUCGCGUCAAGUCCACCGAUCCUCUGCCGGAUGUGUCCUUGCCGGAAGUAAACGCGAGGAACUUGUAUCCCCAUGGUCUCAGGGACAAGUCCGCUGAUCCGGGUGGUAUCGAUAAUACCGCCGAGUCGAUGGCGCACCUCGCGCAAGCCUCUCAUCGUAGAUCCAGGUCUCUGGAGGGAUUACUCGACGACGUUGGUCUGCAGAACUUAGUUGAACAACGAAACCGAGCCAACCGGUCGGCGGCAGCAAUGGCAGCGGCUGCGGCGGCGGCGGCGGCGGCGGCGGCGGCGGUUUCAGCCGCUUCGGUCAGUCGGGUCGAGACGCCAACGCAAAGCCUCGCGUUAUCUGGCAAUCAUGCCAUCGCCAGCGAUAACAACUUUCACGUUGAAGAUCCUUGGGAGCAGGACACUCUGUGGUGCGAGAGCCUGAGAAGAGUGAGUCUGCGAAACGCUCGAUCGUUGGACAAUCUGGACAGUCCACCGAGAGCCGGCGGCGGCGGCGGACCCGGCGACUCGAAAUCACGCAGCAGAAUUACUCGGGGCGCGACCUACGUAAACGACAGCGUCAUCCCGCGCAGGGACAAUUGUGCGGUGGAAUCAUGCGGCGAGCGACCGCGAGUCAAGCGCCGAACGAACAAGGAUCGCGACCAUCUCACGCGGGAACGAACAACGUCGCUCCAUGACGGCGACGAUGACGAGGACGAUGAUGACCGCAACGACGACGUCGUCGUCGCCUACGAGACCCUGUCGAUGGAGCGAGUCGGCGCGGGCGGUUACGUGUGGGACGAGCGGAACGAAGCCUACCGGAAACCUAUGCGACGCGACGCGACGAAUCAUUUUUUAGAGGACGGCAACCUUCCCCCGGCUCGCUCGAUAUCGGACGCCCGAAUGUCCGCGGCGUCGUUCGAGCUCGACCGAGAGAAACUCCGCCAAUGGGACUUGUUGUCGAGCGCCUGCUUACUCCAGGAGCAGCAGCGCACCUCGAUGGCGGAUUCGGGGCGAGGGUUGCCGGUCGCGGAACAUCCUGGAGACGCGCUCGAUUCAAGGCACGUUGUCGUCGCGUCGCCGUCGACGGCGACGACGAUGAUGAUGAUGACGAUGACGACGGCAACGACGACGAUGACGUCAACGAUGACAACGACGGGUGGUAUGGCGGUCGAGCGGCUAGACGUUAUCGUAAAGCCGCUCGAUACCGUGCGCGACGCCUUGCCGAUGAGGACGAUGCCGACCAAGAAGAAGGUGCAGGAGCCGAAGGAGCCGUGUAAACGGGCUGCAGCGUCCGGCUCGGGCUCCGUGAUAGGAAGGGAUCCGCUUCCGCCGAGGGCAGUCAGCACAUCUCAUCUGCCUCAAAGAACGCUGACUCAACCGCCGACGGUGGUGUCCACUCUUCCGUUACCGAGGAGCAUCACCGCCGGCCAUCGGCAGCAGCCGCUUCCGCUCCAUCACUCGACUCCUCAGCACCAGUCUUUGAGACAGCUGGAGGACGAGCCCGCCACCUCGCAGAUGCUGAGGGCUGCCAGCAACGGCGACAUCGGCAGAGGCCCCGGUGGCAUGGUUACUGGCAACGAAAUGAAAGACCUGAGGUUAGCAUCGCCGGGCGGUCAUUCCACUCAGCGAUUGAUCAGCCCGGUCGGACAUUUGCGGGUCGCCUCGUUAAACGACCAUCGUGUCUCCAGUCCCAGCGACAGCGAGAUACGCGUGCACAGUCCAAGCGAGAGAAAAAUGAUCAGCCCGAUAGGCAGGGAGGUCGACCGCGGCGGAGGUACGACGGCAUGUCAGAGACAAGGCCAGCAGCAGCAGCAGCAACGGGCGCGGGAUUGCAGCGAACUGCUGCAUAAAAGGAGUAACAUCGGCUCCCAGAGAGCGGAUGCCGGCGGCAGGGUGACGCAAGCUGGCGCUUCCGGGCUGGUGCGCGUGUCCGCCGGCGAGCUCCUCGGCAGGACCCACGAGGAAUUGGUGCUGCUGCUGAUCCAGCUGCGACGGCAGAACGCGACGGUCCUCAAGGCGAUGGAGACGUGCCACAUGGAGAUCGAGGCGCAGGCUAGACUGGCGGAGCUCGACACGCCGAGACGGCUGGAGAAUCUUCAGAAGCUCGAAGAACUCAAGAGACACCUGAUGGAUCUCGAGAAGCAGUACGAGAAGAGCAAGCCUCUCGUGAACCUCGUGGACAACAUGGUAAAACUGGGCUCCCUGUACAACCGUAACACUGCCAACGGGACCAGCAACGUUUCCGGUUCUCGGCACGACCUGAUGCACGAGAACGCGAGGGAUCACCGCGACCGUCUGGAGUUCAAUCAGAGGGUGCAGGAACAACGGCUGCUGGCGGAGGAGCGUAGGGACUGGGACCGACUGAGUCCGGAUCACGGGCAGUUGCAGGCCAAAGUGCAGCAGCUCUACAAGCUGGAUCGAUUGCUCCAGGAGGAAUCUGGCACGCUGCAUAGUCUCCAACAAGACAAGGAAAUACUAGAGAAGGCUCUGGGCGGGUUGCGGCACAAACUGCAAGGCAGCAGAAGCAAUUUGGCCGAAGCCGAGCGAUAUCGGAAGCAGCAGCUCUUGCUGGAGCGCGAAUUGAGCAGAGUGCGGGUGCUGCUCGCUCACAACUCGAAGAAACUCGAGGAAACGGUGGCCGAGAACGCGAGGUUGGAGCAGGACUUGGUGGUGCUUAGGCAGAAACUGCAGGCUUCCCGAAGAUACGCCGGUAACGUAGCGCGGGACACCUCGAGUACGACCGCGCCGUUGGAAGCGGAAUUGAGGCGAGUGCAACAACUUGUGGGCGAUCUGCAGAGGCAGCGGAAGGAGCUGAGUAUUCAAGUUCGCCAAUUGACGGAGAAAUCUCACAGUUUGGUGCAACAGAUACGUCCGCAAGCCGCGCACGCUCCGCAGGUGCAUCACCCGAAAAAACGCACACAGAAUUCCUGGCUGGAGACCGACCUGGAUUCCGGAAUAACCUUAGAUCAUGGCUUGGACUCGUCAUCGAGCCCACCUUUGUCCGCCUCACCUCCUAACAAGCACAACGACGGUCCUCACCAGCGUUACGGCUCCCCUACGCAGUACAAGGACACGUUGCCGUUGAAUCGUCAACCACCGAAUCAACCGCCCUACGUACAGCCUUCGCAGAAUCACAUAUCGGCACUGUCGCCACAGCUGCGCGAGCAAAUCCAACAACAUCAAUUGAAGCAACAACUGCUGAAGGAUCAGAUGCAAGGCAAGGGUAGUACGAUUCAAGUAGCGCCUCUCUACGUCAACACGGACUCCAGGGUGCCAGGCGAUUACAUUGCUGACACGAGCAAGCACAACGGAAGCAUGUUGAACGGCGCGCCGAAUCCUGCUCCGGAAUAUAUUCCUCCACCGCCGCCUCCCCUGAGCGAAGAGGCAUUAUUGUUGAACGACAAUUACAGACAAAACGAGGACAACAAAUUCGCCGGAUUAAUGCACAAUCGCGAGAAGCAAGAGAUUAAGACGGUGCGUAUAGUGAAACGCGAGUCGGAGAGACGACAAAGAGAUCGCGGCGACAGAACCGGCAAUAUCGGGAUUCCCCUGACAAACGGUCUUCAGGCGCCGGGUGGUGCGAAGAGACUAUGUGACGAUGACUUAGGAGGCUCCCAAAAAUUCGAGAAAGCUCAAUUGGGCAGGGUAGUGGAGGAGUCGCCGAUCGUUCAUGCUCAGAGCACAGUUCAGCUGUCCGAGCUGGACGAUGUUCAGUUCCAAAGAAGCAUGUCCCUACCGCGGGGCUUCGGCGGUCAGAAGCAACACUCCGGAGUAUACUACGGACCCGUAAUUCCUCCACCUCGCAGUGACAGCAUGCACGCUCUGAGAAGCAUGAUGGCGCGACGGCACAAAAUCAGGUUCGAAAGUCACGACGGCAGCUCUGAUAGCACUUUGUCGCCGUACACGGACAGUACGUCGAGCUCUCACGUGCCGAUGAGCUCGCCCAACUACUCCACCACGUCGUCGUACAGCCCGAGCCAGAAUCCGAGUUACCUGCCGCAAACGAUCGCCGCGCAGCCUCACCAUUAUUACAACCCGCCCGGACCGUACCGGCCGCACUACGACGGUGCGGCGACGUCGAUCAGGACGCCCGUUACCCUCGCAGGCACGAUGAGCCCCGAAUUAACGUCGCCGACUAACGUUGGAGUACACGAGAAACCGUCGACGGUCGCCGCCGCCGCCUCGACCGUGCCUAGCACGAAGACGUCCGAGUCGCCACAGCUGUCGCCGGUGUUCAAGAGCGAAGCUGCCAAACAGAUUAUCAAAGAGAUGACGGAGAAAAGGGUGGAAGGACCGCGACGAAGGCAGAUCCCGCGGGAGAAGAGACGGCACUACACCGUGUCUAGUAGCAAACCGGUGCUCGACUUAGAGGACACUUUCUCGAAGAUGGGUAUGGGCAGAGCCAGGGACGAUUUGGACAUGGAGAGAGCGCUGAGACCGAGGAUAAACGCGCCUGAUGUGGUGCGAUCGACAUUGAGUCACAAGGAGCUGAAGUACAAUGAGAGCACCAUAGAUCAGCUGUUAGGCACGCCCAACAAAAUCGUCAUUCCCGAGCGAUAUAUCCCUGAACAGACGCCAGAAUUAACAGCGGAAGAACAAGAGCAACGUUUAAAGAAGGCGGAGGCGAUUAGAAAGAUGCUCUCGGAAACGACCGUAACUGCUCCGGAAGGAGGUGAUGAUGAGUCCAACGUGGAAAAGUCGGACACUCUGAAGAGAAAGGUAGUGGAGGAGAAACGCCAGCGGGAACACAUUCUGCAGCUGAAUCAGAUAUUGGCGAAGCAAGUGAUGGAGAAAAGCAAAAUGGUAGCGGUGAAAGCUCUGGCAACGCUACCUCUGAAAACCGAGUCGAGCUUAGACGACGAGGACCUCUCGCCCGUGGCUCCCUUGCCGCUUUAUCAGCAAAGAGAGAACUACUACUCGUAAGCUGCUCCUAGGAGCGCGAGGAAUACUACUGCCAAUACGAGGACGAGAAAGCGAGAGAACGCGGAAGGAGGAACGCUCCUUUCCGGCACGCUUAGUUAAGUGGCGCGCGCGGUUAUUCGUGCACUGCACGAAGGGAGAAAGUUCUUUUCAUUCGCAUUUCGAGACUUGUGUACAUACGAAAUCGUCGAUUAAAUAAAACGAUAAUAAGUAGCUGU